AUGGGGUAAUGCGCAUCCAAAUAACCUGAUAGCCCUACUAGGGAAGAUAUUAGUCAACCUUAGAUGCCAGGCGGCUUUUAGUUUCCAGAUGAAUCAGGUCACUAGCAAGAAUCUUAAGAAAAUGGCCAAGAAUAAUAAUAAUAAAUAAAAAAGACAAAUAUCUAGGAUGUAAUCGUUUCAUAGGCUCAUUUCGUAUAGCAAAAUUAAGGGACCGUAACUCAUGAUUAUAUGAUACUUUCUCCUCCUUUAGGAAAAGGUGCAUAUGGUGAAGUUAGAAAAGCAAUACAUAAGGCUAGUGGGCAGUUAAGAGCAAUAAAAAUUAUUAAGAUAAAUGAAGUCUCAUAAGAAGAUAAGCAAAAUUUAGAAAAUGAGAUUGAUAUUUUGAGGAAUUUAGAUCAUCCAAACAUCAUAAAAAUUUUUGAGUUCUACAAGGACUCAAACUACUACUAUAUAGUUUCAGAAUUAUGUACAGGAGGAGAGUUGUUUGAUAAAAUUAUAGAAGAAAAAUCAUUCGAUGAAUUUAAGGCUUGUAAUAUUAUCAAAUAAGUGUUGCAAGCUGUCAACUACUGUCACUCCAAUAAAAUAGUUCAUCGUGAUCUAAAACCUGAAAAUCUUUUGUACGAUAACGAUACUCCUAGCCAAACUCUUAAAGUUAUUGAUUUUGGAACAUCAAGAUACUAUGAUCCAGAAAAUAAAUUAACUCAAAGGUUGGGGACACCUUACUAUAUCGCACCAGAGGUAUUGAAAAAAGAAUAUAAUGAGAAAUGUGACAUUUGGUCAUGUGGAGUCAUUCUCUAUAUAUUAUUGUGUGGCUACCCACCAUUUGCAUCCAAAGUUGAUUCAGAGAUUCUAGAAAAAGUUAAACUUGGUGAAUAUAAUUUCAACAAACCCGAGUGGAGACAUGUUUCUUAGGAUGCAAAAAAUUUAAUUAACAACAUGCUUUAAUACAAUCCAUAGUAAAGAUACAGUGCUAGAUAGUGUUUGUAAGAUAAAUGGUUUACUCGUUACUCUAAUGAACCUGAAGUAAAAUUGAGUGAGUUGUAGUAGUGCUUAUUUAAUAUGAAAACAUUCCGAUCAUCAUAAAAAUUAUAAGAAGCAGCCUAUAUGUUUUUAGUAAACUAUGUCUCAACAAAGGAAGAAAAAGAUUAACUCCUCAAAACAUUUAAAUAGCUUGAUACUGACGGUGAUGGUAUGCUUAGUUAAUAGGAAUUACUUAAUGGCUAUAAAAAGAUUAUGAGUGCCGUUAAAGCUGAGGAAGAAGUGAAGAAGAUUAUGGAUUAAGUAGAUAAAAAUAAAAGUGGUAAAAUAGAUUAUUCUGAAUUUGUAAUGGCUACAUGCAACAGACAAAACAUGCUCAGCAAAGAAAAAUUAUAGAUGGCAUUUAAAAUGUUCGAUAAAGAUAAUAAUGGUUCACUUACAGUUGACGAAAUUAGAAAGCUUUUCAAUUCUCAUAUCUAAGACGAUGAAGUUAUUAAGGAUAUAAUCAAGGAAGUAGAUAAAAAUUAAGAUGGACAAAUAUCAUUUGCCGAAUUCAGAGAUAUGAUGCUCAAUUUAACAGGAAAUUGA